CCGCUCACCCUUUUCACUGUGACCCUCCGAGGUUCCCGUAGCAUCCGUUCUUCCGGCUCAGAAGUUAGCGCUUUACGUGAAGGCGAAUCCACCAUGUCUCUGCCAAAGCCUUUGAUGAGAGGACUGCUGGCCAGGCGCCUGAAGUUUCAACUGCCCAUGGCCUUCGUCGCGUCUUUCCUGGUUGCAUAUGGAUAUAAAUUCCUGGUGGCAGACCCCAGGAAACGGGCCUACGCUGAGUUCUACAAGACGUACGACCCCAUCAAAGAGUUCGACAGAAUGAGGGAAGCCGGCGUCUUUGAGAGUGUGCGGCCUUCUGGCGAGUAAAGCCACUCUCUCUUCUUCCCCUUUGUUUGUUCCUGGUCUUGAGGAGGAAGUUCCUUCUAGCUCUCAUGGAUGUGAUUUACUGAUCAGAUGAGAACUUCACAUUGUUGUUUUGUUCCUCUAAAUAAAAAUAUUCUAUUAAUGGUAAA